AUGGGCAGCGCACCAGUUGCAAUAACCUCGUCUCCGGAUAUUCGCCGAGAUGGGAAUUUCUCCGAUGUACCCCAUACGUACAAGAAGGUUGUGCUAAGAUUCGACCGCGAAGCUUGGUUUGUCGGGGACGGGCAAGUUGUUCCGGAAACGGUUGCUUCAUCACUAUGCAUUUCCACCAAUCAUCACCGCCUGGACACGAACAGAGGAGGGCUGCUGCGAGCUCGCAAGAUGGGAACUGGAUGGGAAGGGAGGAAGGGCCAUCCGGACGGGAAGGUUCCAUGGAUAGGCGACCCUCUUUCCUAUCCGGGCGACGAAGAAACACACCGCGCGAGUACCAUCCGAUCCUUCCGCUAUCAUGUGCAGUGUGCAAGGAUGGGAGAUAAUGAUGAGCAGAUGACACCGCUGCGGCAGGCUCAUGAUUACCCCUGGAAUCACGCAUCCAUUCCCGACCUUAAACUGCCGGCGAUGUGGUUAGAAGCCGACAAUGGUUGA